ACCCGCAGGAACCCUCUAACUAAGUCGGAAAAGAGUGCAGAUUUUUCCCGGAAACUCCCGCACACCGGGGGAGGUGCAUCCCAGUCAAGGCAGAGCACAAUUUGGCCUCAAACCCACGAAUAAUUCUUCCCUAUCCUUGUUUGGUCCGAUCUUUCACAUGUAAAAAGAUACCACCAUGGUAAGGCGAAACCGUCAGUCUCCAUUCGGGUAAAGCGCAGAAAACGAUUCGAUUCGGUUCAACUCAACAAAGAAACAAACAUGUUUUGGGAAGCGUAGCAUCUCUUGGCCCAAAAUCUAUUUGAAUGCGUGAUUGUUUCGCAAAACCGUAAUCUUCGCUCCCGUCAUUAUUCGUUUUGCAAUAAUUUCAAAUAGGAGACAGUAAUAGUUACGCACCAUGGGCAUUUUGUCAUCAUGGACAUCCUUUAUGGAUGAUCCUCAUCAUAUCAUAUUGCGACCCUACUGGGUCUGUGGUUGCACAUACGUGUUACUGCUCUCGGUCUUCUUGCUCUUUGUGCUCAUUGGUUGGCCUGGCGGUCCCAUUGGCUGCAUCUACGAAGAACCGCACGAUGGAUGCUACUGCGAAGCUUUCGAUCUUGAAGAUGUGGAAGAAGGCAAGCCUGGAGUACGUCAACCGGUCAAUACAUGGUUCAAUCUCUUUGUCAUUAUCCCUUCCAGCUUUGUGGCGUGGAGAAUGAGUCAAGACCGGAAACAGCUCUUUGGCAAAGACUUCCCCGAAUCCACAACAGAGCAAGACGAGGAUGGCGAAGAACCGAGAAACGAAGGGACUACGAGUGUUGGUGGAGAUGAAGCUACCGAAAUUGAUUUGACCGUUACGUCCACAGCAACGAGUUUCAGGGAGGAAGGGACUACAGUGACAUGUGCGACGGUCGCAAAACUCAACAAUGUCAUGUUGUCAGACAAUCUCAUUGCAGAUUGGUAUGUCUUGACGACAGUAUUUAAUGGCCUUGGCAAGAUGUUCUUCCAUGGGAGCCUAACGCGAUGGGGCACCUACGUGGACGGCGUCAGCUCGAAUUUCUUUUUUGCCUUCAUCCCUUGGUAUACGAUCCGGAGAGUCCAUCAUUCCGAUCAAGUGUUUUGGCUUGGAUACUUUGGAACCAUUGUCGUCAUUAGCUGUGCUCAAAUUAUUUUUGGGUCCCUGCUGGCGGUGUAUGUACUGAUGCUCACCUACUGUUUUAUGGAACUCUACAUUCUCGCCGCCAAAGGUGUCUUCUUGGGGGGGACGUGCAGGUCGGUGACUACUUGGAUGCUGGCCAUCGCUGUCAUGCUAGUGGCUACCUUCUUUUGGUGGGGCUCCCGUACUGGACGGGUCAUGUGUGACCCGGAAAGUUUUUGGCAAAUCCAUGGGUUGGUAUGGCACCCUUUGUCCGACGUUACCAUGGUUCUGUUGUACCUGUACUGGAGAGAUGGUGACGAUGAAAUAUUGGAAGAAAGAUAUGACGAUUAUGAUUAAUCAUGCCAGCAACAACCGACUAGUUGCUAGCGACUAGCCAUCCUGAAAAGGCCUAGCCGUUGGCAAGAAUUUUGCCGAAGACAAAUCUACAAAGCUAUGUAGCCGGUUCAUAGUAAUGGUAUGCAGUACUUAUGUAUCAGUUAGACAGAAACAACGACACCAAGUUGCCACCUGCACGUUGGUGUACCUGGCAAAAUCAGGGUUCAGUAGCAACACACAU